AUGCCCGACAUCGACCCCGCGGCCUUGAGCCGGCCGCCGGUGACGCUCUCGACGCCCGUCCUCUCCAGCAAAUCCCUCACCAUCAACGCCUCGGGCGUGACCAAGACCACCAAGACGAGCCAAAUAAUCCCGGCCCGCAUCGACCUCGAGUCGCCCUACACGGCGCUCAAGUCGACCAUCCCCAACGAGCACUGGGUCGUGUACAAGGAGGCCACGGCCGAGUUCCUGACCGGGCGCCUGAGCCAGGAUGAAUUCUCCGAACGCAUCGAUCCGCUCCUCGCCGGCGACAACGGCGAGAAGGAACACCUCCACAACCAGCUCGUGGCGGCCAUCUACGGCAACGUCACGCGCGAGAUGCCCGACCAGGGCAUCGCCCCGUGGGUCAGCGCCAACGACAAGCCGAUGGCCAACGCCGGAAGCAAACCCAUCACGGGCGACGCGGCGGAGCGAAGGCUCAAGGGCGACGUGAUGCAGUUGCCGGCGCGCGACCGCCGACGGAUCAAGGAUCUGGUGCACAACGAUUACGACCCGCACGAGAACCUGAGCAACCUGUUUUCCGAGUCGUACCGUCGGUCGUCGGCGGUGGCGGACGUUCCGCCGAGCGCCGGCGGCGGAAUCAACAAGAUGAACUUUGACUUGGAGAUCAGGAAGCGGUUCACGCAGUCGCUCGCCGUCGAGUCCGGCGAGUUUCCCGACGUCGGGCAGAUCACGGGGCGGAUGCUGCCGCUAUGCUACGAAGCUGGGCUUCCGAGCGGGCACGCCAACGACGCGCCCCACCUCAUGUCGGUGGCGGCCGACAUCUUCAUCAAGGAAGUCCUGACGCAAAUGUUCAGCCGCACGCGCAGCAACGGACCCGGCGACUCGGGCAGCGCCGGCUUCGGCAUCGGCACGACGUGGAUACAGACUCGCAAGUACCGCAAGCAGCUCAGCCAGGAGGAGGACGCGGCCCAGCGCGGCGAGCUCACGCGGGACAAGAGCGGCAUGCUCCCCGUCGAGGCCAAGGCGGCCAUCGAGCGCGGCCCGCUGACCAUGGCGGACAUGCGGCUCGCCCUCGAGAUGGCCGACUCGGGCAUGGCCCAGUUCCCGGCGCUCACGACGCAGGUGCUGUACGGCUACCGCGAGGGCGAGCUGGAAAACACAAACGACUACACGUGGGUCAACGACGCGGCACCGGCCGUCGACGACGCGGCCGACGACAACGCGAUGCUCGCCAACGGCCACACGGACCCCAUGGACAUUGACAGCGACAUCACCUGGGACGGGGCCAACGCUAAGGACAUGGACGUGCUCGACUGCGUGCUCGACUCGUGCCUCGCCGUGGGCUCCUGA